UUUCCGCCUAUCUAAACGAUUCUAAAGCCUUCAACAAAAAUAUAUUUGAAAAUUUUUAAUUGUUUGUCUGUAGUAGGAAACCUAUAUAAGAACCCAAUUUCUGUUCCGAAAGAUGAGUAAAAACAAAGAAGAGUCAAGCAUGGUGGCAAUUUCGCUUUACAGAGGGAACCUUCACCGGGUACCGGACGUGCCCCGUCGAUGGCCCAUGCCAGCCCCCAAAAUCACUCUCAAAGACUUCAAAUCCCUUCUCGCUCGUCGCUCCAAGGCACUUUCGCGCCUUCAAAACUCAAACCCUAACCCUACCCCUACCCCUCUCCCCAACGGUUCCCAAACCGAACCACCUCCCACCGUUACCGUUAAUCACGGCGAAGGCCCUUCCACCACCGUCGCCCGUGAAGACGGAUAUCGCAAAGAAACGCCGCUCGUCGCCGUUAGUUCCGCCAAGAAACCGCUCGCUGGAUCUGAUUCAGAGAAACCGCAGCUCGAUUCCAAGAUUGACGAGGCUUCGGUGAAAAAACCAUCCGACGGUGUCGCCGCUUCGGAGGAAAAGCAGACCGAGCCGGUCGCUGAGAAUGUGGAUCAGCUUAAUGAAAAGAAGAAAAGGAAAAAGGAAAUUGAGGAGAAGUUGCAAGGGUUGAAUGAUAAUAAACAUAACCUGGUGUUGGUGUUGAAGCAGAUUCUGAAUGCGGAGGAGGAGUUGAAGAGACGAAAUAGUAUGCAAGUAGUUGCAAUGCAUGGUCCUUCGGUCCCACUUCAAGGGGAUGGAACAAAUGAUACUGGUUUGAUGAUUAGGCAUAUGCCCCCGAGGUUGGGAUCCCAGGGAAAUCUUGUUGCUGCUGAUGUGGAUGGUGGUGAAGGGGAUGAUUUUGCUAACUAUACGAUGCAUUCUCGCCAUGUGCUUCGGACAAGUAGUAUGUCACCUUCUUCAGAGUCCCCACUGCGGAGGACCCCUAGCGUUCAACAGAAUGUGAUUUCACAUCCUUCUCGGGCAAAUAUCGGGGCUGCUGGUAGUCCAUCACGCUUUGCUCUCUCAGGUCAUCAGGGAAAUCCCGUAAACCUACCUUCAGUGUCUGUGUCAGGAACUAGUUACAUUGCAUCAUCCCCUUCCCCAGCAGCAUCUGGUGGCACUUCUGUUUUCAGAGACGCCCGUCAGCCAAGUCCAUGGAAGUAGAAAAGCUUUCUUCUUCCUUUUGACAAUAUCGGUGUUCUGAGUCUGUUAUCAUUCUCAAUUUCUGAACUCUAGUAUGAUGUACAUAAUUUUCUCAACGAGCAAUGCUAGGAAGAUCUCUACCUCUACUAAGAAUUAUAUCCAUAUUUUUGUUUCUUCCACUUGAGGAGAAAAAAAGCUUGAAGGACUGCCUAGCAUGAGCUAUAGUGCCAAAGUCUGUCUUGCUGUUUUCUUAAGCAGGAUUUCCAAUUACAAUACACAUACCCUUUAAAAACAUUGAAACAUGUAUGUUUUUCACUUGUCAGCGGGUUUAAGUUGUCAUUAGGAACAAUGCUGAAGUAUCUAGGGAUUGUACCUUUUAUAUACUUCCUAAUUUAGAAAUUGUUCUUAGCAUCUGAGCUAAGUGUUCUCUUUCAUCUUUUGGGCCGCUUUCUGUCAAUACUCGGUGUUAAUGGUUAUUUUGGAUCUGUCCAGCCUGUUUAUGAUUUCAUGAAAUAUGCAGCAAAAUGAGUUACUCUUGUUUUCUCUAA